UAGAUUUCAUCCUGGUUCAGCGCUUCAGAGUUCAAAACCCUUGGCCAUUUUCGUCCGAAAACCCAGCAAAAAGAUUCAGGUGCUCGAUCAUGGCGUCUAGCAGUAAAGUCAGCCUUCAAGCGAGCAAUCAAUUGUUUGAUUCGUAAGCUUUAAGGAAUCUUUGUGAUGAUUCGCCUUAACAUCUUACCGAACAUUCCGCCUCUUCUUCAAACCCGUUUCGCCUCUGAAUCUUAACGCUCCAGUGAAUCAAUCCCCCCUUCUCCUCUCAUUUGAUUUCGAACUGUGUUGUUGGAAGAGGAGGAGGAAAUGAUGAAGCUGGGCCGGAGGAGCAACAGUUUCCGGGGAGCGUUGUCGUUGGAAUCGUCUCCCGACGGGAAAUCGCCGGCGACGGUGGUGUGGCUUGUGCUUCACGCUCUCUGCUGUCUGAUUAGUCUGGUACUCGGCUUCAGAUUCUCCCGCUCCGUCUUCUUCCUUUUCCUAUCCAACUCCUCCUCCACCGCCUCUAAUACCCUGUACUCUCUCCCGGCCCUCUCCGUUCUAGAAGCUCUGGACCGCGGCGCUCCGGCGAACGCGACGGUUUCGAGCAGCCGCGUGGUGGUUGGGCGGCACGGGAUCUUGAUACGCCCCUGGCCGCACCCCAAUUCGACGGAGGUGAUUCAGGCUCACAAGAUCAUCGAGAUCGUUCAGAGGGAACAGAGGUUUCAAUAUGGCGUCAAGAGUCCUAAGACUGUGAUUGCUAUAACUCCCACCUAUGUUCGAACCUUCCAGACUUUGCACCUCACCGGAGUGAUGCAUUCUCUGAUGAACGUUCCGUACAAUGUAAUCUGGAUUGUCGUGGAAGCCGGCGGAACCACAAACGAGACCGCCUCGUUGGUAACCAAGUCGGGGCUCCGGACAAUCCACAUCGGAUUCCCCGAGAAAAUGCCGAUUCUAUGGAAGCAUCGCCACAAACUGGAGUCCAAAAUGCGAGUUCAUGCUUUGAGACAUGUAAGAGAUGAAAACCUAGAUGGGAUAGUGAUGUUUGUGGAUGAUAGUAAUAUGCACAGUCUGGAGUUAUUCGACGAGAUCCAAAAGGCGAAAUGGAUCGCCGCAAUCUCUGUUGCCAUUCUUGCUCAUUCCGGGGGUUCCCAGGAAAACCAUAUGCAACUGCCCGUUCAAGGUCCGGCUUGCAAUUCGUCGAACAAUCUAAUAGGUUGGCAUAGCUUUGAUCCGUCCCGCUACGGGGAGAAGAGUGCGAGGUACAUUGGAGACAAGGCAGUCGUGCUGCCCGGGAAGUUCGAAUGGGCUGGGUUCGUGUUGAAUUCUAGGUUAGUUUGGAAAGAUGCUGAAGACAAGCCGGAAUGGGCUAAGGAUUUGGGUAGAAUAGUGGAGGCUGGAGAAGAUGUUGACAGCCCAAUGUCUUUGCUGAAGGAUUCUUCGGUCGUGGAACCUCUAGGAAAUUGCGGGCGCAAGGUUAUGCUUUGGUGGCUACGAGUCGAGGCAAGGGCAGACAGUAAAUUCCCCGCCAGAUGGAUAAUCGACCCACGGUUGGAUGUUACUAUCCGAGCAAAACGCACUCCAUGGCCCGAUGCUCCUCCUGAACUGCCUACCGCUGAAAAGUUAAUCCAAGAGAGCACCGAGAAACGCACUACAAAGCCACGAUCUAGAAGACGCAGUUCCAGGAAGAGAAAGCAUGUGGCAAGGAACAUUGAUAUACAAGCCUCGUCUACUAGGCGUUCUGGGGAGAAUUAGUUAUAAGUUGAUAUACGAACUAUACAAGGCUCGUUUAGUAGGGCGUUCUGGGGAGGGAGGAGAAGUAGCCAACGACAUUUGGAGAGUUAUCCAUGAAGUCAGCUCUUAUAUAGCAGUUGAUACAACAUACCAAACUUUUUUUUUUUUUUUUUUUUCAGUGUUGAUUUCAUUCUUUCUUUAUGCCCCUUUUGACUUCUCCUCUCUUCUCUUUUUGAUUUGAGUGAUUAGAGUUGCGAUCCCUCAGAAAGGAACUCAGCUGAGCUGAAAUCUUCCCUUCUUCCAUUAUACACAUGAUUCCAUGAGCUCAAGCUCGAAUACGUUCUUGCUUAAUUUUCCUUUUUUUGAAUAUUAUAUAUUGUGAAUAUAAAUUUAUAAACUUCCCUU